AAAAGGGCCGGAGGCCGGGCGGCGGGAGCCGAGGCCCGCGGAGCGCCAGGCGCGCACGGAAUUCCGAGCGUCCAGAGCGUGCAGAGUCCCCGAGCCGCGAAGGGCGCAAGCAGCAGCCACGAUGUGCGGAAUCUUUGCGUACAUGAACUACAGAGUCCCCCGGACGAGGAAGGAGAUUUUUGAGACCCUCAUUAAGGGCCUACAGAGGCUCGAGUACAGAGGCUAUGACUCGGCAGGUGUGGCCAUCGAUGGACAUAAUAACGAAGUCAAAGAAAGACAUAUCCAGCUGGUCAAGAAAAGAGGGAACGUCAAGGCUCUUGAUGAGGAACUUUAUAAACAAGACAGCAUGGACUUAAAGGUGGAGUUUGAGACCCACUUUGGCAUUGCCCACACGCGCUGGGCCACCCAUGGGGUCCCCAACGCUGUCAACAGCCAUCCACAGCGCUCAGACAAAGGCAACGAAUUCGUGGUCAUCCAUAACGGGAUCAUCACAAAUUAUAAAGACCUGAGGAAGUUUCUGGAAAGCAAAGGCUACGAGUUUGAGUCAGAAACAGAUACUGAGACCAUUGCCAAGCUGAUUAAGUAUGUGUUUGACAACAGAGAAACUGAGGACAUUACAUUUUCAACACUGGUCGAAAGAGUCAUUCAGCAGCUGGAAGGUGCAUUCGCAUUGGUUUUCAAGAGUAUCCAGUACCCGGGAGAAGCCGUUGCCACCAGGAGAGGCAGUCCCCUGCUCAUUGGGGUGCGGAGCAAAUACAAACUCUCCACAGAACAGAUCCCCAUCUUGUAUAGGACACGCAAUUUUGAGAAUGUGAAGAAUAUCUGCAAAACGAGGAUGAAGAGGCUGGACAGCUCGACCUGCCUUCAUGCCGUUGGCGAUAAAGCUGUGGAAUUCUUCUUUGCUUCUGAUGCAAGCGCCAUCAUAGAACACACCAACCGGGUCAUCUUCCUCGAGGAUGACGACAUUGCCGCAGUGGCUGAUGGGAAACUCUCCAUUCAUCGGGUCAAGCGUUCGGCUAGUGACGACCCGUCUCGAGCCAUCCAGACCUUGCAGAUGGAACUGCAGCAAAUCAUGAAAGGUAACUUCAGUGCGUUUAUGCAGAAGGAGAUCUUCGAACAGCCAGAGUCUGUUUUCAACACCAUGAGAGGCCGGGUGAAUUUUGAGACCAACACAGUGCUCCUGGGCGGCCUGAAGGACCACCUGAAGGAGAUUCGGCGUUGCCGCCGGCUCAUCGUGAUUGGCUGUGGAACCAGUUACCACGCCGCCGUAGCUACACGGCAAGUUUUGGAGGAGCUGACGGAGCUCCCUGUGAUGGUUGAACUUGCGAGUGAUUUUCUGGACAGGAACACACCGGUGUUCAGGGAUGAUGUUUGCUUUUUCAUCAGCCAGUCAGGUGAGACUGCAGACACCCUCCUGGCGUUACGCUACUGUAAGGACCGCCGGGCCCUGACCGUGGGUGUCACCAACACCGUGGGCAGCUCCAUCUCUCGAGAGACCGACUGCGGUGUCCACAUCAAUGCGGGGCCAGAGAUCGGCGUGGCCAGCACCAAGGCUUACACAAGUCAGUUCAUCUCCCUGGUGAUGUUUGGUUUGAUGAUGUCCGAAGACCGAAUUUCACUGCAAAACAGAAGGCGAGAGAUCAUCUGUGGUUUACGGUCUUUACCUGGACUGAUCAAGGAAGUGCUGUCACUGGAUGAGAAGAUUCAUGACCUGGCCCUGGAGCUCUACACGCAGAGGUCACUCCUGGUCAUGGGACGGGGCUAUAACUACGCCACGUGCCUGGAAGGAGCCCUGAAAAUUAAAGAGAUAACCUACAUGCAUUCGGAAGGCAUCCUGGCUGGGGAGCUGAAGCACGGACCCUUGGCGCUGAUUGACAAGCAGAUGCCCGUCAUCAUGGUCAUCAUGAAGGACCCUUGCUUUGCCAAAUGCCAGAACGCCCUGCAGCAGGUCACAGCCCGCCAGGGUCGCCCGAUUAUACUGUGCUGCAGGGACGACACUGAGAGUUCCAAGUUCGCGUAUAAGACGAUCGAGCUGCCCCACACAGUGGACUGCCUCCAGGGCAUCCUGAGUGUGAUCCCGCUGCAGCUCCUGUCCUUUCAUCUGGCUGUUCUCCGAGGAUAUGAUGUCGACUUCCCCAGAAAUCUGGCCAAGUCUGUAACCGUGGAAUAAAGAACAAGGAAGAGCCUGAGGAGGCCGUUGCCACCUGUCGUGUGUGCUUCGAGGCCCGUCCCAGGGACACCCAAGUGGGAAGAACAGUGGGCAUUCUGUGUGUUCUGAGUAGAUCCCAGUAGAGCUUGACAGCUGCCAGGUGCCUUGUACCCAAGUGCUUCGCUUACAGCAGAUACUGUUUCUCUGUGUCCCGAAGUUGCCAGAGGAGAAAGGAAUCAUUGUUUACACAUGGGGAUCAGAGCGGACUUCUCCACUACUGUGCAAUAGAGACACAGCUCUCUUCAGAGGAACUGUGAACCUUUUUUUAACCAACACUAGUUAGUUUUAAAAGACAAAAUAUUUAUAAUGAUGAUUGUAUAGCUUUUAAGUUAUUUUUCUAGUAUGUGGCUUUCUAGAGCCAAGGUAACUCCCAGACCAUGUAUCCCCCAGCCUCCUGGCGGGGGGGGCAUUCAUCUCAGAUUUGAGCACAAGGCAUUGCCCCUCUGGACUCCUUUCUCCUUUCCUGUCCUCUCUGGGCUGCCCCUGAAUCCUGUCCCCUGACAUCAGGGAAGCCCCCCCCCGCUCCCCACCUUCCGAUGCCUCCUGUAAAUCCCUUCAAAAUCUCAAUGUCCUUCAACAGUUUCUUCUAUAAAUCUCUCCGAUUCUCCAACUUCGGUUAAAUCUGAUCAUGGCUCUUUUUAAGCCCAGGCAGCAUUUUGGUCCCUGCUCCUAUCUAUAGUAGAACAGCUUGAAAUAUCCCAUGCAAGAGAGUAGUUUCAAGUGGGCCACCUUGCCCUCUAUUUAAAAGCGUGCACAAUCAAAAUACUAUGCAAUUUUAAGACAAUAAAGACAGUACGAUUCUUUUCUG